AAUAACCACUGAUAAUCAAUGUGGUUUUAAAAGUAAACAUAGCACAGACUUAAUAUGCACUGAAGGAAGUUGUUAGUAAGUACAGGAGACAUAACACUACAAUAGUUAUGUUUCCUGAAUGCAUCUAAAGCUUUUGACAGAAUUAAUCAUUAUGAAUUGUUUGUCAAACUACAAGAGCGAAGGGUCCCUCCAUAUUUGAUUAGGAUUUUGCACUUUUAGUAUUCACAUCAAAUCAUGCUAUCAAACCAUCCUAGUGACCAAUGGCGUCCGACAAGGUGGAAUACUAUCACCUGCUCUUUUUAAUCUAUAUAUGGAUGAUCUUUCUAAAAAGUUAAAAGAGUGUAAGACAGGAUGUAUGUUGGGGGAAAGUCUUAUUAACCAUCUGAUGUACGUUGAUGACUUAGUGGUCCUGUCUCCUUAUAGCGCUGGUUUACAGCAAUUGCUCAGAGUGCUGAGCAUGGCGUGCAGUAUGACAUCAAAUUCAACUCUAAAAAGAGUUUUAUCAUGAUAGCUAAAACCAAGGAGGAUCAGAAGCUACAUUUUCCUUUGUUUUUUAUGGGAGGCCAAGAGCUAAAUGUGGUGCACAAAAUGAAAUAUUUGGGUCACAUCAUCAGGAAUGAGCUAAGUGAUGAUGACGAUGUGCAGCGGCAGUGUUGCAAACUGUAUGCACAAGCCAAUAUGCUGGCACGUAAAUUUCAUGUGUACAGAAGAUGUUAAAACAGCUCUCUUUAGAGCCUACUGUACUCCACUGUAUACAGCCCACCUGUGGUGCAGUUAUAGUAAAUCAAAAAUUAAGAAGAUUCAGGUGGCAUUUAAUGAUGCUUUCAGAAGCACAAGCUUCCAAGAUGGACAAGUGCAAGUCAUAUGUUUGUGAGUCGUAAUGUUCUCACCUUCCAUGCUGUGUUGAGGAAUUGUAUCUACAUAUUUAAAUGUCGGUUAAAUGACUCAGAAAAUGUAAUUAUAAAAGCCUUAACUGAUCCAACACAAGGUGAUACAAGGUAUUCUUCUUGUUUCUGGAAACAUUGGAACAAAUGUCUGUAUGUUUUUAACAACGAGUGACUUUUUUAACUACAAUGAUUAUACCUGUGUCUUGAUGUCCUCAUAUUGAAUUGUAUUGUAUUUUAUAUAUUGUUGUUGUAUUUGUGUUUGCUGCUAUAUGGAGUCAUGAGUCUGAAAUAAAAGUUGAAUAUAUCUCCCAUCAUCAGUGCUUCAAGCCAGUGGCAAGAUGAGGCCCCUGAAAGACGCCCAGCUGGGGGCCUUCACCUUCUUUGCCUCAGCUCUCCCUCAUGAUGUCUGUGGGAGCAAUGGCCUCCCUCUCACUCCCAACUCCAUCAAAAUCCUGGGACGUUUCCAGGUCCUCAAAACCAUCACUCACCCCAGACUCUGCCAGUAUGUGGACAUGUCCAGAGGGAAACACGAACGGCUGAUUGUUGUUGCUGAACACUUUGAAAGCAGUUUAAGUGACUUCCAAAAACAGGGGAAAACAGCCAGCCCAGAGAAGGUGCUGCAGAUAGCCUAUGAGGUCCUUGAAGGUCUGGAGUUCAUGAACAAACACGGUAUGGUGCACAGAGCCCUCAGCGCACACAAUGUGCUCAUGGACUGCAAGGGGAAUGUCAAGCUGGCAAAGUUUGGCCUUUAUCACAUGACUGAUCAUGGAGCCGAUGUAGAUUUCCCCAUAGGGUACGUCUUGUUCUCCUCA